AUGAAGCGAUGCUGCCCCGAGCGGCUUCCAGAGAGAAUCGGAUCAGCUGAGGACCGCCGUGCUGCUCGUAAGGCGGCCAGUGAAGAGGACUGGAUCAGCGAAGAGGAGGUCAAGCAAGCUGCCUUGAAGUCCUUUGCCAGUGUCAAGGACCCUUUGCAUCGUCGAGUUCUAGAGCUACGCUUCGGUGCUGAUCAAGGAGGUUUGCGCCGUAGCCCUGCAGAGGUUGCCGAGGCCUUGGGCGGUAAGUACCACGGAAAGGCAGAGACUGCUCUGAUGCUGAUUCGCCAAGCUUUGCGGAGCAUUCCCUUGGUGGCCGAUGACCCAAAGGAUUUGGUCGUCGUCUACGAGGAUGAAGACCUGCUUGCCGUCUCCAAGCCACCCUUCUUGCGUGUUACUCCAGUACACAGGUUUGUGGGCAAGUCCUUGACAAAUCAGGUGCUGGGAUACCUUCAAGCCACCUAUGGGGAGGAGUACGACUCUCCAAUGGUUCUGCAUCGUUUAGACCAGACCACCAGCGGCUUAGUUCUUUGUGCAAAAAACAAGGAGGCUGCUCGGAUUUGUGGUGAACGCUGGCACGAUGAGGAGUGCAAGAAGGAAUACCUUGCCAUCGCCUUGCCCACAGCGUCCUGCCAACUGAGCAAUGCGACAUGGAGCAGAUCAGCCACGUGCAGUGCCUGUACAGUAGUGGCCUUUGCGCAUCGCCCAGCUCGGAAAUCCAUCGCAUGCGGCGUCACCAGCACCAGAGUGGAGCUGGACCUGGAGACACUCGAGGUCAUGGAUGUCUUCUGUGAAGAAGAUGGACCAGUGCGAAUUCACAUGAAGUCGCCCCUGGAUGGCUCUGCGAGACAAUUUGACCGCCCUCGUGACCAGCAACUCCAGAAAACUUUGCAGCGAAUGGCCUUGACCCUUAAGAGGGGUCCAAAGAAGAAGACCAAAACGAAGAAAGCCAUGCUGAGAACUAAGGAGGCUCAACAAGACAUACAACAAGUGUCCUCCAGUGAAAGAUCGUCUCAAAGCCAGAGUGAUAACAUUGCAAGCCAGGUGCAGCUAGUGGAACCUGACGACUGUUUAUAUGACAACCAGGGGCAACCGAUCAACGAUCAUCUUCCACUGGCUGAUGCUUUCACAUCGGCGAGGAAACCGACAUGCCUGAUGCUUGGUGGCCGGAGGUACCGGAUUCGCCUGAACCGGCCGCUUGUGAAGACAAUCACUUGCGGUGGCCAGCCAAUGGCUGGGUUUCGUUUGGUGCCAGUGGCACACUGGGAUGGUGAGCAAUCCAUCCGAUGGGAAUGGCGGACCUCUUCCGGUGAGUUGUUGGCAAGGACACGCUGCUUCACACCGACAGAGGCGGAUGUUGGCUCACGCUUGGAAGUCGUCGCCCGACCACCUUUGGCCGAAGAUGAACAGAUGAGUCGACUCCUUGGAGUGGAUGACGAUCAGGCAGCUGCCCGUCUAAGCUUUGAAGCGGUGGCAAAGGCGCCUCCCUUCCCACCGGGCUUAGCAGCGGAGCGUGAAGAGGAGAUGCAGAGACAAAAGUUGAGCUGGCAAUUGCAGCAUGACAAGAGCAAUUUCAGAGUGUUGAGCUACAACAUGCUGGCAGAUGCCUACAGGCAUUGUUGGGACUACAUAUUUCCCUAUUGCGAUCCCGAGACAUUGCUACCAGAAAGGAGGCUUCAACUUUGUCGACAGGAAGUUUGCACCUUCAAUGCUGACAUCAUGGCUCUGCAGGAAGUCGAUGCAUUUUGGUAUAAGGACUACUGGCAGCCACAGUUUGCUGUGGACGGGUAUGGCUGUUGCUUUACAAAGAAGGCAUCUGGCUCUGGCGAGGGCUGCUUGCUUGCGUACAAAGAGAAGGCCUUUGAGCUUUUGGACCUUGUGGAGCUUCCUCUCCGUGAGCGACCCAGGAGUGGAGUCGUCCAAGUGGCAGCCCGUGAUGAGGCCGUCAGAUUGUCCUCCGCCGACCUGGCUGUCGGCGCUUUGCUUGGGCGUCUUCCGGCGCUGGAAGACGUUUUCCCAAGGCUAGGCACUGUUGCCCAGCUGGCUCUCUUGAAGAGCAAGGAGCCCGACGGGCGUCUCCUUCUGGUUUGCAAUACCCACUUGUACUUUGCCAACUUCGCAAGGCAUAUCCGAGUUCUACAGGUGGCUCUGAUCCUUGAUGAGGCGGAGUCUAUAUGCAAGAGAGCAGAGUUUGAGUUUGGCCAGCGGCCGGCACUACUCUUCCUGGGUGACCUGAAUAGUGAGCCGGACACUGGCGCAACUGCACUCCUGCAAGGCAGCGUUUCCGCUGCGCACCCAGACUGGGCCAGGUGUGCCCCAUUCCGUUGGGGCUACGCAUCGUCCAGACAAGCAGCAAAAGACAUGCUCACCGCUUUGAGAACCAAGAGGCCAGAAGCCUAUUCUUCUCUUGGCGAUGAGACGGAAGAGGAUGGCCUUGACGGUCUCCGCUGCAGUACAGAACGGCUGCAACGUGUGCGUAAUUGUUUGGCAACUUUGGGUAUCGGUGAGCCGCAGGAGGCUGAAGAGGAAGCACCAGAGGAGCAGUACGAUCAGGUGCUCGGAUCAAGUACUGACAACUCACCGUGGACAUCGUUGGAGCAAAAGCUUCAGGCUGGCGGGACCUUCAAGAACUGCGCCGCUGUCGCCACUGCACAACUGGCAGUAGACCUACAGCUCAGCACUGAACCUGUACUUGAGUUUACCGAUGAAGACUUGGACGCUGCCAAAGAUGCAGCAGAGGCUUUGGCAGAGGUGGUCGGGCAGAAGAUGCAAGCUGCGGUGAAGAAACAGCAAGCUGUGGCAGAGAUGGUGCUAGAAGAGAGCGAUGUUGGACCUGCUUUGGCAGGCUUGGGCUUGCAGCUUUCUUCUCCUUUCAAGCUGUCUUCUGCUUGUCAGCCGGACUUUACAAACUUUGUGGGUAACUACGAAGCUUGUCUUGAUUGGAUUUUCUUCACCGAGGAGCACUUGGAGAAGGUCUCCGAAGCGCCCAUGCCCAGCCGGGAGGCCGUGGCCGCUGAGACGGCCCUGCCCUCGCAGCGCUUCCCCAGCGACGCAAAGGAUGACCCUGUGCGCCGUGCAGUGAACCCAGAUGGCCAAAGCGCAGCCACACGCUUUGAGGCGACCUUGGCCCACACCAAGGCUUCACCGACACCGAGGGAACCUGCUGAUACGACCUUCUUCACAGCAAUAGGAGUUUUGCAAGCUGCAGGAGAUGGUGAAGAGUCUGCCUCUCACUGGAUGAGUCGGGCUGCCAUGGGAGGUUCGUUCAAAUCCUGGAGUCAGGUGCUUCUGCAGAGGCAAGCAGAGGAUCUCUCACGACGUGCAUUUUGGUCGAGGCUGCAGGCAGAGCUGGUGGAAGCUAUUCUUGACGCUUCAAGCCCAACAGCGCCAACUCAGCCCAGGUCUUACUCAUUGGGAGGUGCAGGCGUUGCCUCUAGCAGAGCUCCACAGGAGGCUCAGAUCAGUGGAUGUUUCCUACGACCAUUGUCUUGA